UCCGCCCUCUACCUAUCAUAUUUAUUCCUCCUAAAUAAUCUGCGUUACUUGUUAUUCACUGAUUCUUCAUUUCAAGUGUCUUCUCUAAAUUGAACUUGAUCUUGUAAGCUCAUGCUAGUAGCGUGUCGUUCAACAUGUUAGGAAAGGUGUAGGAUCGAAUCGCAGCAGGAAUUUAUUGGACGAACUAAUACUGCGACACUGCCUUCGAUAUUUCACCACUUAAUCCGCAGAGUAGGUCAACGUCUUUUUACUUUUUUCUCUUUCUUCUGGUUUUUGGUCGUCGUAAAAGAGAACGUGUCCCCUUUUUGAAAAAUAUUUUAACAAUUUCACUCUUCGAUAUCGGCAUUGAUGAUUCAUACAAAACGUAUAAUUACGAGAAGUUGAAUAUAAUUUAAAGAAUCUUGCAAGUUGUCGAAAGAAUACCGCGUAUGUACCGUACGAUCCAUUUAAUUUUAUAAUGAAAAGCAGGAUUCGCGCGCUCCACCUCCGCAGCUUUGGCUUUCUCUUGCUCGAUUCGUUUAAAUGCACCGGGAUAAAUUACCCCGCGAUGCACGGUAUUAUCGUGGACCAUACAUUAUACCAGUCGUUGUCGUUAAUGAUUCCAAAGAUUUAAUGUUCAUCGAAGCUUCCGUUCUUCUCAACGUACAUCGGCGCGUUUAACAAAAGUGGAAUUACGAGAAUAUAUCCCCGGUACAUUCUAGAAUGAUUAGAAAAAAAUUUCAGGUCAAAUGCGAUUCGAAUAAAAAUCACUUUCACUCGAGGCGAAUUACCAUAAGGAUGAAUCCCAGCAUAAAAUUACUUAUGCGUUUAGAAUGUGACUUUUUUUCCAAAGAAACAGCAUUGCAACGAGUCUUGAGCACGUACACUUCCACUCAGAAGUCUUAAGACCUCUUGUUUUCGGUAUAAUUUCAAUAUUCCAUGUAAAUUACAAAUUUACAAUUCCAUACGUUUCUCAAUAAUGUUAUUAAUACAUCAGCGCCUAGUAGAUUUAGCUACUUUUAUCAUCGUACAAAAUACAUUUUAUAUUAAACGACAUUCUUUCCCGACUACUUAGCUUUUUCAGCUUUCAGACACGGAUGUAAUAACUAUCCUAAGACUUCUCGGCAUCAGUGUACGUAGAUAUUUCGUAACACUGCAACUUUACCACGACUCUCCCCCUGUUAUCGAGCAAAAAUCAACAGAAACGAUAUAUCUGCCGGUGCACUAAACGUCUAAUUUCCUGUUUCCUUCAUCGAUAACCAACGAACGGUUUCCGAAGCGAGCAUCGAAAUCCAUCUUACUUCCCGCUUUUCCAACGAGCGACACGAACUCGCCUCGACGAUCAGCGAGAAAAAGCUUCGCAGCAACGACUGACCGCGCACACGCGCUCGUGGGACGCGCAAAUCUGGCCGGAAAUAAGGCGAACCCGGUGAACAGAGGCAAAGAAAGAGGCGAAGGAUGACAGAAACAUUGGAUCGGAAUCGUGUCGAAAAGUGGGUCAAGAGUUCACGAGCCGGAUAAUUAAAUUCCUCAACGAAGAAAGCGUUUUCCCUCUCAUUUCGUGGUACCAUCGCCAACGUGCUGACCAACCAGCUGAACAACCGUUCGAUAUCGUCUAAUAUUUCUCCGUGAACGUAUGCGUCUGUGUUUGCAAAUAGAUGGACGUAAAUGUAUACAAACGUAUUAGUCGAAGACGAAUAAAGGCGCGUACUCACCGCGAACGAUAUUAGCAAAUAGUAGUCGCAAGACGAUUGCACAAAUUCUCUUACUGUUUGACUGCGGAUUUGUACGCAUUCGCAGGAAACUUAGAGAUGUAAAAUUACGUAUAACGUGCCAGAAAUAUAAAAUGUAUAAGAUACUUUGAUUACUUGCUAUAGUAUAGUAACAGGCGGUGAGCUGAUCACGAGAUCUUGAUGAAUACCGGUAAGGAUGCACCUUAAGAUGAACACGCUGUUAGGAGAGCCGACGAUGAUUGCUCGAGACGCAAGGAAAUUCUACAAGGAUGAUACGACAGUUGAUCGCGCACUUUUCUUCCUGAUACUCUCCCUCUGGAGAUCAGGGAUCAACGAUCUAACGGGUGGCUGUAGGAUACGCUCGAUGACUGCGACAUAUUCGUACGACAUGUUCGUACGACAUGUUUCGCUCAGGCUAAGACUACGUAACCAGGUUACAUAAAAUCAACACAAAGAACUGUGCAAACUUCUGGAUCGAAUCUUCUCGUUAGUGAACGAUGUUCCAUAAGCUUGUCACAUGAUGAGAUUAGUCAUUAGCAAGAUGUGAAAAACAUCUAGAAAUUGUUAAUGGUAAUUGGAUUAUUUGAAGAAUAUCGCUUUCAGAGAAUUGUCAGGUUGAAAAGUAGAAAGAUGGAUGUAUUUAACGGAUUAAAUAUGAAAAUAAAAUAUCGUCUCGCUUCCUGCGAUCUAAAAACAAAACGGGUUCGACGAGAACACGGAAAUCGGUUAUGAGAUUUCCGUUCGCGGCAUAAAUCGCUUGGUCGUAUUAUUGCAUUCGAUAUUAGAGUGAAAUUUCCUUGGGUAAAAACGGAUUUCUCAGUAAGGUGAAGAAUAGAGACGUUGUAAGGUACUAGAAUAAAUAUAUUAAAGUAUCAUGAAAAAAAAAAAAGAAACGAAGAAUCCGUUGGUUUACUUGCGAUGUUACUUAGAUAGAUGGGUCUACGUGCCUCCUGCAAACACGCAGGUGGAAUAUAAAUGACGGGAAUUUUAGCAAGAUUUGGAAGCGCAUUUAUUAACCAACGUACGAAUCAAUCGAUAUCGAGUUAGAACUUGAACGAUUACGCCAGAACGUUGGCGACAUCGCACUUCUUUGCAAUCUUUUCGCAAUGAAUUUGUAGACGCUUUAUACAUUUAAAAAAUAUUCCAAUUCUGGUCUGAAUAAAUCGAUAUUCCAUAUCUGCGCUUAUAUUUAAACAAUUAUUCCAAUCAUAUAGAAUUUACACUUCACCUAUUUGAGAAAUAUUCUGAUUCCAAUAUAAAUAAAUAAAUAUCCUAUAUCUAUGUUCGUAUCUUGAUAAAUAUUCAAGUAAUCUGUAAUUUUCAGAUAUUACAUCCAUUCGAAAAGAUAUUCUUAUUCCAAUUUAAAAAAUACAUUGCAGUCUUUUAGAUCUCUUACAGAAGAAAAACCAAAAAAUGGCGAAGUGGAGCGUAAAAUUAUCGAACACCUGUUCGUUAAAUUUCUUCGAAGCGUUAUUGCGCCAUGUAAUUGUAAAAGAAACCCGGACCAAGAUCGAGCAUCGCCAUACGAUCGGCUCGAAACCUACAUUUGUGAAAUCAUCCAAAGGCUCGAUGUCUCAAGUGUGUACCAAGAGUCUAGGUCUAGGACGCAACUUGAGGCCCGUUGGCCGUGUGGAUGCCAGAGAGAGAAAAAGAGAGAAAGAAAGACAGAGUGAGAGAGAGAGAGACAUUUUGCAACACGAGGAUCGUCCAAAAUCGGUUAUUUCUGAGGGCAGAGGGUCGAGGGAUUGUGGAUGGACGGGCAACGAGGACGUGGUAGGUGUAACGUCCACCGGAGAAAGAGAGAAACAAACACAAUCGAAAGGACAGAGGAGAGGCAUGGAGGGAGAGGGGAGGAGAGAAUCGUCUCACAGCUGAAUUACUCUCACUUGAGAGGCCCCCGUCUCUUCUUCUUUGUGGGGGCUUCAAGUAUCCCCCUGCUUCUCGUGGGGUAUAAAGGACCCUGGUCUACCUUGCUCAGAGUCACAGAACAGAGCGGCAUCGCAGAAGCCGACAUGAAUCCUCUGAUCGCGUGUAUGAUAGUCGGUCUAGCAGGGUUCGCCCUGGCUGAACCACCGAUCUCGUCCGGCUACAGCUACAGCAGGCCAUCCGGAGGGGGUGGUUACUCCAUAGGUGGUGGCGGUGGUGGUGGUGGUGGAUACACCGCUGUAUCAACCGGCUACCAAACCAGCGAGGGAGCAUCCGUCGAUGGCGCGUUGCUCGAACAAAUCCGUCAGAUUUUGCUGAGGGAAGAACAGAGCAGUGGAUUCAUAGGUGGUGGUGGUGGUUACGCCCCUAGCUCGAGCUAUGGCGCUCCAUCCAGUCAAUACGGUGUACCAAGCUCGUCCUACGGUGUACCAAGUUACCAGACACGCGUUGUAGGCAUCGAUCUCGAAGGAAUCAGGCAGGCCAUCCAAGUGGCACAGUUCAACCAAGUGACCCAUGGGUCUGGUGGCUAUCCAAGCGGACCAAGCGGAAGCUACGGAGUACCAAGCAGGCCAAGCGGUAGCUACGGUGCACCGUACUAAAACGGUCAUACAUCAGAUUAAACUACAGAUUGGAUGAUGGGAGAGCAAGAGAGGGAGAGAAAGAGUGAGAGCGAGUGAAGACACCAGUCGACCACCGCGACUAUCUUCCGAGCUGAAACUCCUAACGAACGAGAGAAACGAAGGUUAAGGUUGAAUCGAGAAAAACCAAAAAUAGAUUAAUCGAUAGUAAAACACAGGACAAUCCAGGUUUCUAUAACCGGACAGAGGAAUUUCUUUCAAGCGAAACCUAUCCUCUUCUAAAGUCCGCUCGGAAGGUCGUCGUAAAAUUGACGGAUCGUUGAAAAGAAUACUAUAAUAGAAAAUAGAAAGAUGGUGCUAUUUUCAAAGGGUCGUCGUCGUUCGACGAAUCAGGAUUCUCAGGGGUAAAGGACGAGGAUGAAAUCAAAGGUGUACGUAUAAGCUAACAUCGAGCAGGGAUUCCAGAGGCUCCUGUUUCGUUGAAAUCAAAUCGUCGUCGUUUCAACGGGCCACGAUCCUCCGAGGAAUCGCGGGCGUACGUACUAAAAGAUAACAGAAACUCCUGGCUACUGGCUCGUUGGAGAAUAAAAGGUCGUCGCUUCAACGGGUCAGGGUUCGAGGAGUGAACUUGAACGUUCGAACGAACCGGCCACAUAGAUCUAACGAUCUGAGCGUCGACGAGGUGUCAAUCUUCUUAUCGUACCAAAAUCGUCGUCGUCGCGGUCGGAUCCACGAGGGAUCCAAAAUCGUAACCAGUGAUAGAAACAUACGAGUCGAAAACACGAAAAGAAACAAAUCGUUAUCGAGAACGAUCUCAUAGGAGAUUCAACGUAAGUUACAUUCGUUAUGACUUCGAGAUGGCAUAGCCGUGGAGCCGGAGCCGAAGUCGAAGCCGUGAUCGGCGCGAGAACGCGCCUUGUAAAUACAAUUUACACACGCUUUCCACAGCGUUCGCUGCGUCAUCCGACAGUACGAGGAGGAACUGAACGCGUACAUCAUCGAACCUGGUCUAACAGUUACUUCAAGGAAGAUCGAACAACUUAUCUAAAAAGAAAAAAGAAAAAAGUAAUGAAAAACGAGGAAUAAAAGAUAAAAAUGAGUUCGAGGAACGGAGCGAACGCUGACACGAAAUACAUACGUACAUACAAGAAACACAACACAAAUACAUUAUAUUUUUUAUAUGUCUUAAACGCUAUUCCUUAACUACGCAUCUUUUUUUAUACUUGUAUAAAGGCUUUUUUGUAGAAAAAAAUAAAAAAAAACGUCGCCACCGUUGAAACAACCGCCUGUGUUCUAUUUCGACGUGUCUUUUCACCAACGACGACUCUUUGGUCGCUUUUCCAUCCUUUGCUGUUCCUCUUCCUUGUCCUUAAUUUCUCUUUUCCUUAUCGAUUUGGUCUCUUCCUCAAUUACAACCACCAAGUUCUUACUCUAGGUCCCAUGCCAUUCGUGACCUCUGGGCGUUCGCUCGCAGCUACGUGAAUAUUCCUCCUCCUUUAAAGACGACCAAUUUUUUUUCUUCUCGUUCAACAGACGCCUUUCUCCUUUCACUGUACCGAUCAGAACCGACUGCGAUGGUUCGUUCGCAGACCGCCUCUGGGCUCACGGGCUUCUCCAGCUUGGACAUGACGUAAAUUCUCACGAGCUGCGUUUAACAGAUGCUCGUAAAGCGGAUCGAAGAAGCCUGGACACCGGUCAGGGAUUCGAAAGUAGCUUCACUUCGCUAUUCUACUCGCUUCAACGUGAGCGAGACUCUACUACGUGCGCAUGUUGUGUACUCUUGAUUUUGAAUUAUUACCGAAUAAUGUCGUACUUUCGAGAAGCAAAUAAUAAUCGAUCAGAAGAUUUCUAACGAACGUCAUUAGAAUUUUACAGACGAUUCGACGAAAUAGUAUCUUGUGUUGACAGAAAUUUUGUCUCGAGGUUUCAAUUUUAUCUCGGAUAAUGUAUUUUUGAGAAGCAAAUAAUAACCGAUCAGAAGAUUUCUACUAUUAACGUCAUUUGAAUUUUAUAAAUCAAUUCGACGAGAUAGUAUUCCGUGUUAUCAGAAAUUUACAGGAAAUUUUUCAACUGUGAUUCGACGUACGUAAGUCCGUAACCAAUGGAAACGUUUAGACGCUAAGCAAUACGCCGCGAUACGCCUCGUGAAAUCGCUUACGCGUGUUUAGAUUUCGUUGUUUGUGCAAUCGGUACACGUAACAGAUUUAUUGAAGUCAAGCGCUAGAAUUUCCUCCAUUAGAAGAGCUGAUGUGCCUGCCUUAUGAAAUCCAUAAUGUUCAAUGGGAAUGUCUGUCUUUUAUGAUGAUCUUAUUGCACUGUUUGAAAGCGAUGUGAUUAAAUCGAUAAUAUAGAAAUUCUCACGAAAUAGGAAAUUCUUGUGGCUUUCGAAACAAUUUCGAUUUAGGAUCACCAGGAGUUCCGCGGCUCGGGUAAUUAGAAAUUGUGUAACGUGCGCUAGAAUUAAGUAAUCAGCCAGCGUCUCGGACACAAUGCGAGCCUGGUGCAAUUAAACACGCCGUGAUGAAGAAUAAGUCGCGAACGCUAUACUACAGCUAAAUUAAAUCAUCAAGCUGGAUAUUUCUCCGUAUUCCUGGUAACGUCGUUGUGUUUUAUCGGGCUGAUUUUGCGCAAGAGAGCGUGUAACACAUUACAGAAGAAAAAUAAAUAUUUGAUGUCGGCGAGAUAUCGUGGACAAUAAAAAAAAAAAUACUAUCGAGAGAGCGGAAGGCGUUAAUAGUAAAAACGUGGAGGAGAUAUUGCGUGAAAAGGCUUGGAGCCUUUCAUAGGAUGUUCUUCGUUGCUCAAACACUACCAAACAACUUCUUUAUACACUGUGAAACUAUCAUCUUCUAUAUUCAUCUGAUUGUUCAAAGGAAAAAUAUGAAAUAGCUAAACAAAUGACGAAAUUUAUCGAGUACUAUUUUUCAUGUAUAUACAAAUAUCGUUCUAGUCUUUGGAAUUAACAAAGGAAUAGUAGCGAUUGAGAAAGUGUUAUUUCUAUGAACAACGAGAAAAUCGGAAUGUCAAUUCUGAUUCGGCCAUUUUAAAAGGACUUACGUAUGUACGACGUCCAGCAGGGAAAGUGCCGCGACUCUUCGCCAGGGAUGGCGAGGUCGAGAAAGGGGAAAGGAGAGAAGAGGAACUGUGAGACUCUCUGUGGAAUUUUGUAAGAGCCGUACAUAAUCCAUAAACGUGCCUGCCAGGCAGAAGCCGUGCGAAAGGAGGAAAAACGCUCACGCAAUGAGGUCCAUCCGUGCUCCAGUUCUGGAUGAAAUUGCAAAGUGGAAUUCCAUGUCCCAAAAAGGAUUCUUUUAAAAAGCCAAUCGCACGGAGAUUUUCAUCCAAUAAACCAAUAUCUAAACUCCUUUACAUGUACUUUUCUAAAAGAAAUGAAUACUUUAACGCGAACAUAAAAAGCUCUUUGUCUUCGCAUUGAAAUGAUAAAAAUAUUCCAAGUAAUUUAAUAUUGAAAAUGUAUAUGUCAAUUCUAAAUAAUGUAAGAUUAGGAUUUAAUACGAUAAUAAUUCUCGAUAAUUUUAAUACAACAAUUUUAAACAACGUAGAAUUCGAAUUCCUUUUUCAACUUUUUCAGUCUCGAAGCUCAUAACGAACUUUUUUCCACGAGAAACACGUAAUCGGACGAUCUAUCAGAUCCGGAGAAGUCGCAGCGUGUGAAAGGAGAGAAAAACGCGGGCACGAUGACGCACAAUGCGAUCUGCUCGGCCAAUUAUGGGAAGAAGAUUUGUCGAGCAGCCGGCUCGUAAAAUGUGCGCGUUUACAAUGGCCCUGUCUGCUUUACUUUCGCUAAUCCUGUUUCUGCGCCACAAGCUUUUGAGCCUAAUGCCGAUUGCCCAACAUAUGGCUGAUGUCUUCAUUAACGCGACAACGGAUGCGUUUUUUAACGAGCUUCUUAAAGCAAGAUACGUCGCCUUCUAUAAUUAUGGGACCUGGUAACAAUACUACUACCGACAAUUGUAUCGACACUUUCCGUUGCUUUCAUCCGUUGCAUGUAACUCGAUUUUUCUUGUGAUAUUUUUUAAAAUACUGCCAUUUUUCUUAGACAGAGACGUUAAUUAAUUUUAAUGCGUUAAUUAAAUUUUUACACUGAUGAAAAAACUGAAAAAAUAACCGUGUAUUACAAACGAUAAAAAUCAUAAAAUAUAACAGAAUUACUUUCCAAUCAUCCUUUUGAAAGAAUGACCAUAACCAAUUGGCAUCGUGGAUCGUUAUCCUCACUUUUCCUAAUGGAAGGUGCGAACAGCGAAUCCGCGUUGUUAAUUAAAAAGGGCGCACCCACACCGAGCUUUCCUCCGUAAUGAGACGAGAACACCUGAGGAAAAAUAGACAAAACCAUUGAACAGUGAACAUCUCUCCGAUCUGUGUAAACCUAUGCUGUAAA